GAGGUGCAAUCUGAACAGCGCUUCGAAAGCGCUUUACACGCGCUGGUGUGCUACGUGGGCUUGUUGCUUUUGUGUACAACUUACAAGACGAUAUCAUGCGGCUGUGUUGCUUAAGAAUGAACGAGGCCGAUCCGCGGUCGAGACUGGAAAAUGGAACUACAAAUAGUCGAUCAGUAGAGAAGGAUAUAGAAAAAUUUGGACUUUAUCAGGUGGUGAUAUUCGCAUUUAUUGGCAUAACAUUGAUGCUAACGGCAGCAUUUGCGUUUUCUUACAUGUUUAUUGCGAGCGAAGUUAAAUACAGAUGUUUAGUGCCGGAAUGCGAGCAUCCAGAAAACACGACAUUCGAACCGUCGUGGCUGAACGCUUCCGCGCCGAAAAUCAAUGGAGUCAUUUCUCGUUGUACGCGCUUCGUGGUACAAAAUGAUCAUCAGGACACAUGCACAGAAGCAUCAUUUACCAACGUCACUCGCGAUUGUGAUUCUUGGAUUUACGUUCCGAAUGAAUACACGAUACUCAACGAGUGGGAUUUUACCUGCAAUGAUAAUCAAUGGAAACUCACAUUAGUGGGCACGAUACAGAGUAUUGGUCAAAUCGCCGGCUUGACUUUCGCUGGAUAUAUAUCUGACAGAUAUGGGAGACGAGUCGUUUUGACGAUGGCAACGUCUCUGUGUGGAGUUAGUGGCUUGAUAUAUUCCUUCUCCGUGAAUUAUUACAUGUUUCUCACCUUUCAAUUCAUUAAUGCCUUCAUAGCGGCUGGAAUCUACAGCGCAGGAUUCAUUUUGGGAAUGGAGAUGAUGGGAACGAAAAGUAGAGUUUUUGGAAGCACUAUUAUCAGCUCCAUGUACGCCAUGGGUGAGAUUUUAUUAGGACUUUUCGCCAGUUGGCUCAGAUCUUGGCGAAUGCUUAUUAGAGUAGUGUACGGUCCAGCACUGCUAGCUAUCUUCCUGCCUUUAGUCAUUCCAGAAUCAGUCAGGUGGUUACUGUCAAAGAAUAAACACAAGGAAGUACAUAAAAUAUAUCAUAAAAUGGCUCGGAUGAACGGUCUGCAAGUAACGGACGAAGCGAUCAAUACGUUCAAAGAGCUAAGUAUAGCUAAGGUUAAAACGAAAAGCGAGCUGGUUGCAUCGGACAAGAGGAAACCGAUUGUGCAAGUUUUAUAUAGCUCAGUGAUACUCAUUCGAUUACUAAUCUGCUCGUUCUGCUGGUUUACGAACGGAUUCGUUUAUUACGGACUGUCGUUGAAUUCCGUGUCGUUAGCCGGGGAUAAGUAUAUCAAUUUCAUACUAAUCGCGGUAGUUGAGAUACCAGCAUAUUACCUCAGCUGUAUACUGAACAAUUACAUUGGCCGUAAGCCAACGCUUUCCAGUGCAUUCCUGCUAAGUGGAGCGUUCUGUCUUGCAUCUUUAUUUAUACCAAAAGGAACCUGGAAUUACGGGUUUUUACUUUUGUACAUGGGUGGGAAGUUGUGUAUCGCUAUGUCGUUCGCGACUAUAUACCUCUUCACAGCAGAGUUGUUUCCGACGACGGUCAGGAAUUCUCUGCUCGGAAUUUGCGACAUGAUGAGCCGCAUUGGGUCAAGCUUAUCGCCGCAAAUACCUCUUCUGGCACGAUUAAUGCCUUCACUGCCAUUAAUCCUGUUCGGGUCCAUGAGCAUAAUCGCGGGCGUUUUGUCUUUGGUACUCCCAGAAACUUUAGGAAUGAAACUUCCGGACACUGUACAGGAGGCAGAGGAGAUCAGCAAGUCAAAUAGGACUCGUAAAAUUUCAGAUCUUAACACGUUGCCACACCAAACGAUUAUUCACUAAGGCGCUUUUAUGUAGAUGCUUAGCAUCUCGCUGUUCAUUUCCUAUUGUUUUAGGUACAUCUCUCCUCUCUCUACUACAUUUUAUACAGAUGCUAAUU